AAAGAUGGCAAGUGGAGAUAGCAGCGGCGAACACCAGCGCGCUGCUUGUCUCUUUCUCCGCGCCUCUCCUCCCCCUUUUUGAUCUCUCUCUCUCGCUCUCGCCUCUUCCUCUGCUCAAGAAAAGCUCGGAUUUCUUGGCGGUUUCCCCACCAUUCCCUCCCCUUCCUCGAUCUGGGCCGCCUCCGCCCGCACCCGCAACGCGUGCGCCUCGCAUUUCCACCGAGCGUAGCGGCGUUCCGCGUGCGGUGCGGUGCUGCGGCCUGCGGGACGAUGGAGGGUGGUGGGGGGAGAGGCGGCGGCGGCCACGUGGUGGCGGCGCUGCUGCUGGCCGCGCUCCUCCUCUCCGCCGUCGCUCCGGCCUCCGCGUCGUCGUACCCCGCAAAGGUGGCGAGUGGGUUCCUCUCCAACGCGGCGUCCUCGGUGAUGAAGCGGCUGUGGUCGCUCAAAUCCACCACGAAGACAGGGAGCGGAGGGAAGUCGAUGGUGAAGUACGAGGGCGGGUACACCGUGGAGACGGUCUUCGACGGCAGCAAGCUCGGGAUCGAGCCGUACGCUGUGGAGGUCACCCAGGGCGGGGAGCUGCUCGUCAUGGAUUCCAUGAACAGCAACAUCUACAGGAUCGCGCUGCCGCUGUCCCGAUAUAGCAGACCAAAGCUUGUAGCUGGUUCUCCAGAGGGAUUUCCCGGUCAUGUUGAUGGGAGGCCUCGAGAGGCCAGGAUGAACCAUCCAAAGGGAUUUACGGUGGACGGCAGGGGUAACAUUUAUGUGGCUGAUGCUAUGAACAUGGCUAUUAGAAAGAUCAGUGACACAGGGAUUACAACUAUUGCUGGGGGGAAAUCAAGCAGAGGAGGGCAUGUUGAUGGACCAAGUGAUGAUGCAAAAUUUUCAACUGAUUUUGAAGUCCGCUAUAUUGGCAGUAGCUGCUCCCUUUUGGUGAUUGACAGAGGAAACCAAGCGAUUCGGGAGAUUCAACUCCACUUCGAUGACUGUGUGUAUCAGUAUGAAGCUGGUUUUCCUCUAGGAGUUGCGGUGCUUCUUGCUGCUGCAUUCUUUGGCUACAUGCUCGCAUUGCUCCAACGCAGGGUUUUAGGGAUGGUGUCAACAGUAGAUGAACCUGAGGCUCAGACUCCACUAAAAGCUAGCAUUGCAAGCAUCCCUCCAUACCAGAAGCCACUAAAACCAUCUGUUCGUCCACCGCUAAUCCCAAAUGAGGAUGAAUCUGAGAAACAAGAGGCUGAAGAGGGGUUCUUCACUUCCAUUGGUAAACUCGUUGUGGGAGCCAAAUCGUCUGUUGCAGAGAUAGUUGGUGCAGUGUUUUCUAGAAAGAAGCGCUUAAACAUUCAUCAGCAGCAGGCUAGAGUACACUCUUGGCCAGUUCAAGAAAGCUAUGCCAUCCCACGUGACGAGACGCCUCCACCACUGGAUACAAGAACUCCAACCCCUCGCAAGAAUUAUGCUUUCAUGUCAAAGGAGCCUGAAAAGAUCCAUCACAUCCGGCAUGGUCGGUCUCAGUUUAAUGGUUGGAACGGAGAGGCGCCUCAACAACAGCAACAGCAACAGCAAACACAUCACCAGCAGUACUUACAGCAUCAUAGGCAAUAUUCAUCAGGACCGCAAACCUUCUAUGAGCCAAGCUGUGAGGCAACAAAUGAGAUCGUCUUCGGGGCUGUGCAGGAGGUAGACAGUAAGCGCCGUGCUGUGGAGAUCAAGGCCAUGAACCAUGGUGAUGCACUGUAUGACCAAGACGGGUUGCGGCACCGCAGCAGCUACACCGGUUACAGCACCAACAACUGGUAGAUGGCCAGAUGUCCUUUUUGCAGCUACAUUAUUAGAUUUACUGCUCGUUUAAGGUAUUUUGCCGUGGUCUAAUUUGUACUGCCUGGAACAGAUAAAUAGAAAUUCAGGAAGUACCGUUGAUAUGGGCAAAUUGAAAGCUGGUUUUUGCUAGAUGAA